AUGUCUUUGAAUCUCAAUCACUUUGGUAAAUUCAUCUCAGCCUUGAGUAUAGGCAAAUUACCAACCCAAUCUCAAUUAGAUCUCAUCCUAAACUCUUUACUUGAGUCUCCCAUCUUUAUCGAUUCGACAAGUGAAAUCGUCGAUUCAUUAAAAGCUUUUCUUGAGUGUUUCCGUCAAUUUGGGAAUUCAAAAAAUGCUCAGGAUCAGUUUCAACGAUUACUUCAUGCUACUUCAAACCUCGAUCUUGAACCGAUCAUCGAACCACCUUCAACUAGUAAACGAUUAUCAACACCUCAAGAAGUAUCUCAAUCGAUUCUAGAUUUCUUACACUUGUUAUUCUCAUCAACUGAUUUCCGAAACUUAAUAAACGAUACAAUCGAUUUACUUAUCCAAAUCAUCAUUCCAAACCAAAAAUCAAAAAACCUUCAAGACUUGAUUGAUGAAAUAUCGAAAUCUUUGGUUUCCAUCUUAAUUCGAAUCAAUCAUACUUUAAAAAUAAACGUUUUGAAUAGUUUGAGUCGUUUGGGUGAGGUUUUGGGGGAGUAUGCGGAUUAUUUGAGUGAUGAAAUUGAUGGUCAUAAGGAAGUUAGUGAGGUUUUUGAAAUCGGAUUCGAUUUGGUUUGUCAAUUUACUGGAAAAGAGAAAUGGAAUGAGUUUGGUGAAAGUUUGAAAGAAGUUUUAGAAAUUUUAAAAAAUGAUAAAGAAUUAAAAAAACUUAGUGAUGAGUUUCAUAAAUUGAUUUCAGAAUCAUUAGAAAAUUCAGAAUUAGUUUACACCUCAACAUUUUAUAAAAAAUUAGAAUCCAUCUUAACCAAAUUCUGGCAACAUAUUAAACCCGAAAAGUUUCAAACUCCCAUCCAAAAACUUAUCAAACUUAUCAGUCAAAUGAAAGAAGAAAUCAUCAAUGAUGAACUUUCGAUUAAAUUAAUUAAAAGUUUGGCUGAUUUGAUUGGUCAGUUUCAGUUUGAUGUUUUAGAAAAAUCAGUGGGAGGGGUUAAGAGGAAAGUUUCCAAGUCUAGGAUUUGGAAGGAGCUUUGGGUUUAUCUUUUGCCCAAAAUUUUGGCUAUGAUUCAAGAAAUCCCAUUGCCAAGGAUCGAGUUUGUAUCUCGAGAAUUCGAGUUUGCUAUUGACCCAUUAACCUUAAGAUCAACCUCAAGUUUCAUGCCAGACCAAAUUCGUCUAACCAACAAAAACGUCCUAAAUUUUAAGCAUACUUCACCCCUUACAACCACCUCAUCAUCCAUCCAUACUUCAUCAAUCACUUCAACCCAAACUUUAGUUAUAAGAGGAUUAAGAUUAUACACCAAAGAUGUAGGAUUUUAUUUCCAAAAGAAAAUCGAUCCUGUGAAAAGUUGGUUGAGUAGGUUGACUACUAGUGUAUUUGAAGAUGAAGGUUUACUGGAUGUUUUUGUGGGGAUGGGAAAUGAGGAUGGGAUCAGUUUGGUGAUGGAAAUCGAAAUAGGAGAGAAUGAGAACGAAAAUAGAGAUAAGAAAGACGCAAGACUUUUUAAGGUUAAAACCACUCAUUUUGAUGUUCAAGGAUUAAGUUUGUAUCCUCAUGAUUCUACUCAUCCAGUACUGAAUUGGUUCCUUAAACCUGGUUUAGCAUUAUACCUACAAUCCAAAUUAUCAGAAACAGUUGAAAGUUAUAUCACACAUCAACUUCAAUUACUUGAAGAACUAAUUGACCAAAUUCAAACCAGAUGGGAUCGAUCUCGUUCAUCUAAACCUUCUACUUCACCUCAAGAAGAGGGUGAAGAAGGUGAAGGUCCAAAGAAAAAACUUUACGGAACGAAUUUGAAAAUCGAAGCUGAAGAUAAAUCGCACGUGAUUUCGAUUGGGAUAGGAGAUAAUCUUUUGAAAGGGAAAGGGAUCGGAGGACGUAAAGGUGGAGACUUGAAAAGGGUUAAAGAGAUUGCGGGUACGGUUGUUGAAGAGGCUAGAGUGGCUGUUCAGAACAAGUUGCAGAAAGUUGAUGAGUUUGUGGAAGCUGUUGAGGAGGGUAGGAAGGAGGGUGUGGAUGAGAAUGAUUGGAAGUCUGAUGCUUUUGAUCUUUAA